UGCCGAGGGGUAGGAGUGGUUUUGUGGGAAUUUUCAAGUUUUAAAAAGUGCUUAUUUGCAGGAUUCCCCCCCCCCGCAUUCUUUGCGAACACUGUGGUGACAAAUGGAUGAAUGAAGGUGGAAAAGUGCGGAUUAAUUUGCCGAAGUACACGGAUGGAUUGAAAUCAUAAUUUGAUGUAGAAAAUGAAUAAUUCCUUACAAUAAUUUAUGCCUCCGGACCAGAAAAGUUUAAGUUUAGCUUCUCUCCCCGUGGGUGAAGAUGCAUCAGACUGGGUCUGCACCACUGGCACUGCUGGCUCUUCUGGUGCUCACACUUGAGAUGUCCAGUGGCCAGUCCUGCCCCAGGAGCUGUAAUUGCUACCAGGCCAAUGAAGUUCACUGCACCUUCCGAUCACUGCUCAUCAUCCCACCUGGCCUGCCUGCGCAUACGAGACGGAUUAAUUUAGGGUUUAAUAGUAUCAGCAGACUUCAUGACAAAUCUCUGGUUGGGUUAAGGAGAGUAGAGCUCCUAAUGCUCCACAGCAAUAACCUCCAAGAUCUUCCGGAUGGAGUGUUUAAAGAGAUGAAAUCGCUCCAGAUACUCAAGUUGAGCUAUAACAAGCUGAAAGAGAUCUCUUCAUCUCUGACCUUCUCUGGCCUGACAUCACUGCUGCGUCUUUACUUGGAUCACAACCUGCUCCAACACAUCCACCCCCGGGCUCUGCUCCAGCUGCCUAGCCUCAGGCUGCUUCGUCUGCAAGGCAACAGGCUGCAUCAGCUGCACCCUCACGCUCUGUGCACGCUCUCCAUCCUGAAUACAUAUUAUUUUUCUACUUUGAGACAUCUAGACAUUUCCAACAACAGUCUAACUGUCCUGUCUGAAAAGAGUGUGACAACAGCACCUCUGCUGGAGAGUCUGGUCCUGCAGGCUAAUCCUUGGAGCUGCGACUGUAGGAUGAACUGGUUUCUCUCAUGGAGUCUUGCUCACCCAGGCUUAUUAAAAUGUCCUGGUGGUCCUCAGUGUCCAGUUUGUGCCUCGCCCCUGUCUCUCCAGGGCCAGAAUUUGCUUGAUCAGACGACUCUACAUUGCACUUCACCGAUCAUCAGUUUCCCUGGAAAAGAAACACCCUUGGAAUCAGACCAUAGCAAAAUCCAGCCAAGUGAGAUGUUCAGAGAACCUUUAGGGAAUGUCACCCUGGGUCUUUCUGACCAACAAGGGUACAACGUUGAUCUGAGUUGUAAAAUUACUCACUCUACCGAUUCCCCAGACAUUGCUCCUCCUCCAGAUCUCUCCUGGAGUUCCUCUUUUCCUCUCCCGCUCGCUUUGUCUCUCUCCCUUGACUGCCCUGUUCUGGGACAAAGCUACGAGAAACUUUGGAGGAUUUUGGCUUACUACAGUGAAACUGCAGCUCGCCUUGAGAGGGAGAUCAUGUUAAGUAAAGUUCCAGCAUUGGCCUACCGCUACAGACAGGCACCAGAGACAGAUGGAUAUUAUCACACUGGGAUCAAAGCCUCUGUUAAAGCCAGACCAGAAUGGUUACUGCAAUCAGCAAUUAGUAUUCAGCUUGACAGAGCACAGUCUAACAGRCAUAAAGUCCAACUUAUCUACUCAACAAGGGUUUCUGCUCAUCCUGAUCAAACUUUUAAUCCCUCAAUGUCUUCCCCUACUUCUCACCCAUGGGUAAUGAUUUUAACUAAUCACACUAACACAGCAGUUGCAGCAGUAGGAGUAGCAGGUAGGAACAUACAGCUGUCUUGCCCUGUUCUUAGUUCUAGUAAUCACAGUGUCCAAUGGAUUCUUCCAGAUGGAUCUAAACUCAAUACUUCUUCCAGCAGUUUAGAUGGCAGGUUCCAGCUAUCAGCCUCAGGCUUACUAAUACAAAGAGUACAGCUCUCUGAUGGAGGGCUUUACCAUUGUGUUGCCAGAGCUGGAAGAGAUUUCGAUGUCCUUCAAUUACGCCUGGCAGUACAAGAGUCUGCCGUUCCAUAUUCAGGUGAGCUAAGUGGACUCCCGGUUACUGGAACCAUUAGAGAUGCUGUCACUCUGCCCUGCAGGAUAUCUGGUUCACCAGAACCUUUGGCAAGUUGGAUUUUGCCAGAUGGAAAUGUUGUGUGGCCAGGAUUAGCURUAUCAGGUGGAUUGAAAGUACAUUCAAAUGGAAGUUUGUCUUUACUUACAUCAACUCUGAAGGAUACAGGAUAUUACCGCUGCAUUGCUGUCAACCAGUAUGGUAGUGACACCGUGUCAAUGCAGCUGAUAUUAAAAGCACAACAUAUUUCUGCCCUUGAGACUUCAUUACCCAGAGGACCUCAAUCAGCUGCUGGCAGGUCAACAAAGAUACCAGUCCCCAAUUUUGGGCAGAUUGAUGAAGGAUCAGGUGAUGAAGAAAAUGAAGAGGAUGAGAAACCCUCCUCUGGUAAAAGAAGAUAUCCAACAUCUCUCCAACCACGCCCAAACAGAAAAUAUCGAAUUAAGAAGCCACAAAGAUAUGGUCGUGUUGGAGAGGGAAAUCUAAAACGGAUUGGAGGAUCUACUUCACCAACUAUGCAGAAGAAACACCACUUUCAGAACAGACAGAGAGUAACCACAAAGAAACACAGGAUAGACCCUCAGAAAUGGGCUGAUCUYUUGGCAAAGAUUCGUCAAAAGACCGCCAACAGCACCAACAGUCAAGCAAUUGCAGAAGAAAAAACAACAACUCAACCUAUAWUAGAAGAAAAAGAUGAAGAAAUUAGACAAGGAGGAGAGGGUGACGAUAAAGACAGAAGUACAUCUCAUGGCUCACAGGAGAAAACAGAAUCUGAAGGGUCUUCAGUUGAUGAUGCUACUGUAAAAGAAGAACAACCACAACCCAUUCAACCUCCUGAUAAGGAUGCACAGAUAAUACAAGCAACACAAACYAUUGAAGAGAUAUAUAAUGUGACUGAGCGGCCACACGUGAAUCUAGAAAUUGACAUAAAAACACAGACAGAGAAAGAAAGCAAAGAAACAGUAAYAACAGUGAACCCAGUGACAGAAACAGAGCAUGUCACACUUACUUCAUUAUCAGGAGCAAAUGGAAUAGAAUCAAUUGUGUUGAAUGAGAAAGUACCAAAUCUAAGCCCUAAUAGGACCAGGCCACAGAAUCCUYUACAGGGACUUUUCCCAAAUGCGAUUCCAAACUCCCGAYCUCKAAGACCCUGGGACACCCGCAGGAAGAUUGGACAACGUAGGCGAAUUAACAGGCCAAAGAUUCAGCCUGUACCCUCACAGCAUCCUCGCUCCGACCCAAUAAACUCAAUAAACCAAGCAGUGACACUUAACUCAAGUCCAGAUAAAAUCACAAAGUUGUUGCCCUUAUCAACUACCACAUUUCCACCUAUUAUGCCUACACUGGGAAACAAUAUUAGGACUAUUAUAAAUGGUGUGACUGUGACUCCUGUGUCGCCAACUGUUUCYAACCCUCGUUUUAUUACUAUUUCAAAUUUUGAAUCACCUCCACUCAGUCCCUCCUCUACAACCCCGCACACAUACACAGACAUGAUGAUUCAUUCAGGCAAGAAACAAAUAACUGAGGAGUCUACAUUUAACAGCACACCAGCCCCCACUCAUGCUACCAUUAUCAUUUCAGAGCCGCAUGUGCYAGAACCCGAUAAUAGGACAUUUACACAUGCUGCAUGGGCUCAUACAGCAACACAAACAACCUUAGGCAAACAUGCUGAGAGACCCCCGAGCAAACACAGCAAGGAGUUAGAGAUGAAUGUUYUGGGUGAGUCCCACUUUUCAAUCACUCAUUCUCUCACUGCUCCCUCAGGCCCCAGUGCAUCUUUAACCACCACCAGUGCAGCAAAAAUCAUAACUACUUCUUCAGCUGCUCCCAAGAGAGCUAGUUAUUUUGGCAGCACUAAAAGUACACCAGCCUCUACAACUAAUGAGGACACACUCCCCACAACAACCACGGCUGCUAUAAUAAGUCCCACCAUGUCUCUUUCAACCCCCAUUAUCAUUCCAAUAUCCAGCACUCCCAGACAGACUUCAGCUCUGUCCACCUCAAUGACUUCUACAAUCACUUUGCCAACUACUUCCUCUACUAUCCCUUCAACUUCGACCUCCCACACUACAUUCAGGCCAAUAAUUACAAGGCUAAGCACCACUUCUAAUCCUUCUACCAGCAAAAGCAGUUCUCCAGUUUCGAUAAAUGCCAUCCCUAAAGUGUCCAUUUCCUCUUUUUCUACCACAUCUACUGAUUCUAAAACCACACUUCCAGCUACAACAGAAAGCAUUCUGACCACAACACCUCCAACUACAACMAAACAMUCUACAGUGAAAACUCUUUUUUCCACUACCACCACAAUGGAAUUGACAAGUACCAAAGCAAUAACAAGAAACAYUAAAGCAACUGGCCAGGUUGACCWCCCUGCGAAUGGUCAAAACAGGAGUCAGUCACCUACUGAUUGGAAGAACCAUGGAGCUAACACUAUUCCAGAUUCACACAGAAGCAGUUUUCAUCAGCCUUCCCUGUCACUUCCCGCUUCUCCAACGGUUCCGGUUGUCAGAUCUAAGCCAAGGAUCGCAGACCCUCACAUCCGCACCAUGUCAGUCCCGGCAGGCAGCUMUGUAAACCUGGUGUGUGAAGCUCAGGGAGAGCCAAAACCUUCAAUCACAUGGACUAAGGUUGCUACAGGAGCGGUGAUGUCAAUCCACUCCAGGGCUCAGCGUUUUGAGGUCUUGCCAAAUGGCACCCUUGUUAUCCAGAAUGUACAGGUGCAGGACAGAGGAACAUAUAUCUGCAGUGCGAGCAGCUUACUGGGCCGUGACAGGUUGCUCACCACACUAGAAAUCUGGACUCGCCCGCCUCAUAUGCAGCUGAUGCUUUACCGGGAAGUUACCAUUCAUCAGGGUGGCCAGGUUCACCUGGAGUGCCAAGCAGAUGGCGUUCCAGCCCCUCUGCUUUCCUGGGUUCUGCCUAAUCGUUCUACCUUAACCUCCUCUGGCACCUUUUCUAAUCGAAUCCAUAUGGACACAAAUGGGACCCUUCACAUCUCGGUGACAUUACCCACUGACCGAGGAGUCUAUCGCUGUGUGGCAUCCAACUCAGCUGGUGCAGCCAGCGCCUCAGUGCGUCUCCAUGUGUCCUCGUUGCCCCCGGUUAUUCAGCAACCCAGGGAGGAACACCUGCUUUUCUCUGUAGGUUGGCCUGUUUAUGCUCACUGCUCCGCCCGAGGGGCCCCAACACCAAUUCUGCGUUGGCGAAUUCCAGAUGGGACGCUUGUUCGACCAUCCCAGUUUCUUAAUGGAAACCUCUUUGUCCUGCCAAAUGGGACACUCCAUAUUCGCAAUGUGGGGUCAAAUAACACAGGGAAUUAUGAGUGCACUGCUAGUAAUGCUGUAGGGACUACUAAGAGGACAGUGACGGUAGCGGUUAAAGAUGGGGAGGCAAAAGACAAAAAAACAUCCAAUUCAUCUUUUUUCAACAAAGUCAGAACAUCGGUAAUCCCAAGCCAAACCUUAGCUGCAUUCAGCUCAAGCCCUUUUAACUCGUCCUCUAGCUCAUCUCUUGAAAUCAAUAAAACUGUAAAACCUUACCCAUCGCACUUUCCUGACAUCAAAAAAGCAAAUCCCUUCUCUGUUUUCUCACCUUCCACGGUGCCAACAAAUAACACCAAAGUAUCACCCAGAGGAAACAGCACAAGGGUUGCUUCUUCUUUCCAUACUAGUGGAAAAACCUCAACUGUUUUGCAGCCUCAGCCUGUCUCCCCCUUCACUAAAGCCCACAUUGUUUCUACAUCACCCUCUACUACUACUGUUAACUAUGAGGGGACCCUGAAUCUUUACUGCUCUGUAAGUGGAAACCCUACCCCAACCAUUGUAUGGAGGACCCCCACCAGAAAGCUUGUGGACAUGCACUACAGUUUUGACCAACGUGUAAAGGUGCAUCCUAAUGGCACGCUGUCAGUGAGGGCAGUAACAGAGAAGGACAGUGGAGACUACCUGUGUAUUGCACGCAACAAGGUUGCUGAUGAUUAUCGAAUUCUGCGUGUGUCUGUGGUCACUAAGUCUCCCAGGAUUGACCCAAAACAGUCAAUCAAUCAGAUGGUAUCCUUUGGAAAACCUCUGAAGGUAGACUGCCAGGCCUCUGGAUUGCCUCAUCCAGCUGUGCGUUGGACGCUACCAAAUGGAAACACUGUGAAGAGUGAGCUGUUUCAAGAGGACAGCAGGGGUCAAAGACGGCAACGUACUGUUUUUCACAAUGGGACGUUACUGAUUCCAGCAGUUGAUGAAGGAGAUGAAGGCGAGUAUAUCUGCUACGCAGAGAACCAGGCAGGCCGAGACACCAUGAAGGUCAUAGUAAAGGCCAUGAAGAAGACCCCACCAACGUUCACUAAUGGCAGAGGUCACAAUUUCAUCAAAGUGCAGCAGGGAGAAACUGCUACAAUUCCCUGCAGGGCCACAGGAGAUCCUGCCCCAACAGUUACCUGGUUUUCUCCAUCGUUCAUUGUUAUCCCACAGAGCUUGGGAUCAGGCCUUUCUUCUCAGCGAGUUGUGGUCAUUUCCGAUGGAACCCUGGAAGUGCAUUCCGCACAAAAGAUUGACUCUGGAAAUUACACUUGUCGAGCAAGCAACUCAGCUGGAAUGAGGAGCAUGGCGGUGACCUUGGAAGUGGAGACUUCUAGCUCUGGAAUUAUAGAACAGGUGGAAAAAGGACAAGGUUGGAGUGUAAAGAAAUCUGAUGGCAAUCACGGAGUCAUUAGUGCAAGAAAAAUCAAUCUUGGAUCUAAUGUUGUAACUGCAAGCAAGAGCAGAAGCAAUAACAGCUAUAGUGAUAACAAUAGUAGAAGAGUAAACAUAGUUCCUAAUACCAAUCUCAACUCAGUGUUCAGUGGCUCCAAUCCUACUCUAAGAAGUUACAGCCAACAUGAGUUUAAAAGUCCUGCUGGAGGAUUUUCAACACGACGGGGUAAUACUGGGAUAAUGGCUGGGGCAAAUGAGGCACAGAGCACAGGCAUUAAGAUAGACAGUACUGGAUUAAAUAGAAACACACCCAGCAUUCAGAGUAGAAGUGGUAACGUAGAUCACAGCCAAAGCACAGGCAGAGGAGAAAGUACUGAAAGGAAUCCUGAGAUGAAUAAUAAUGAAGUCAUUGCAGGAAAGAAAAGUAAUGAUGCUAAUACCAGCAGAGACAACAGCAGGUUAACUGUUAUUUCAACAAAUAGCCAAAGUAUUAGUGGUAGUUUGUCAGGUAAUGGAGCUGGUACAAGCACUCAAAGAGGACAUGUUUUCAACAGGAACAGUCAUGCAGGGGGAGCUAAUGAUAACAGAAGAAAUAGUGUUUCCUCAAGUAGUAAUUCCGACACACAUCUGAGUGGGGGGAAAAUAGCAAAGYACCGAGCAGUUAAAGGCCAGGCUGUCACUUUGCCAUGCCCAUACCAAGGUUAUCCUCCACUUCGUUUGGCCUGGCUUCUUCCUGGAAAUGGCAUGCUGCCGGCUCCUUACUACGGCAGCCGACUCACUGUGCAUCGGAACGGCUCCUUAGAGUUUCGAGAUGUACGGGUGAGUGACGGUGGGAAUUUGGUUUGUGUUGCAAAAACUGAAAGAGGUGACGCUUUGAUGCGGGUCCAGCUUGAAGUGUCAGAACCAGUGGUGGAUGUGAGAUCCCAACAAGGCAGAGAAGUGGAAAUACCGCAGAAGGGAAAUUUAGAUGCAACUCAGUCUUUACCCACAAGGACAGUAUCGCCUCUGCAGCAUUCACAGAGGGGCCUUGGUGUGCCAGACAGGUCUCACUCUAUAAACUCUCCACCACCGUCCGGCUCAGUCUCCAAACCCACAGUACGCACCAGCACCGCCCCUCUAGUGAGCACCAUUAAUGGAGAAACUCUCCGUCUGCAUUGCCCUGCCUCUACAACCGGGGGCUCUGUUUCAUGGACGAUGCCAAGUGGUAAGAUACUAUCCAGAGGUGACAGUGGCGAUCUAGGACGUUAUGUGGUGCAAGAAGAUGGAACACUAAUAAUCAAACAGGUUUCUGUGUUUGAUCGAGGCAGCUACAUCUGCAGGUUUUCCAGUCUUGACUCUUCCUCAGUCUCAGUCACCAUGGUUCCUGUCAUCGUCAUCGCCUACCCUCCACGCAUCACAAUCGGUCCCUCCCCUGUCACCUACACUAGAGGCGGUGUUGCUGUGGAGCUGCCCUGCAUGACCAUAGCCACCCCGCGAGCAACAGUUAGUUGGGAAACACCAGACCUGACACAACUGAGUGUGACGGGUCAGCCUCGUAUUUAUGGCAACCUCUACCUGAGUCCUCAGGGUUCAUUGGUGAUACAAAACCCGACACAUAGGGACACAGGAUUUUACAGGUGCAUCGCCAAAAAUGUAAUCGGAGUGGACAGCAAGGCAACCUACCUGCAUGUUAUGUAACAAUACAAAGCAACUAUAUAAACAUUAACCCUUUCAAACUUGAUACAGAUAAACAGCCUUUAAUGAAAGAAAUAUUUGUAUUUCCCUGGUGCCCAAAGAAACUGCAAAACUCUGUUCCGGACAUACUGCUGUAACUCAAGAACAGAAAAUAUCCAUCAUAUAUACUUCUGGUGCAUAUAGUUGCAAAUCACAGGUUGUUUCAUACCAGAACUUGACACAUUUAUUGCACACAAAAAAUAGCUAGAGUGAAAUUCCAGUCAUUAAAGGUAAACAUUCUGCAUGUUUUGAUGUGUCCCUACUCCAAAACAUGUAACUCUAAAGGCUGAAUCACCUCUUCAGCGUAUCAUCAAGUUCUACAAAACUCUGGCACCAAACAUUUCAGUCAAUUUAGUUGUGUUAAACCAGAGAAGCUUAGAGAAUACCUGCCACCAAGAAUUAACAUUAAACAUCAAUGUAAUUUUUAAAACUCAGUUUAAUGUGGCAGUGACUUCAAAACUAUCCAAAUGUGUACUUUUAAUCAACUGAGAUAUUUUCCUUCAGGUUUGGUGAAAAAUAGUUGGACUUUUUGCUUAAACUAAAAUUAUUAUGUUGACAAUCUUAACAGAGGACAUCUGUGAGGGUAUUUUUGUAUAUAAAAUGCUUAAUCCUUUGGAUGAAGUCAUAGUUAAUUUUGCUCAGUCUCAGACUCUGAGUAUAAUACUGUGAUAAAAAAAAAUCUGUACAAAGACAGCUUUUAUUUGCUUUAUUAAAUUAUUAUACAUUUGCAUAACAAGGCACCAUCCACACAAACAUGGAUAUUUUGCAAGGCAGAAAAAUGGUCUGCAAUAGCUGCUGUAGGAACUAAAAGAACAGCAGAGCAGUGAGUUACUUGCCAGGCAUAGUUUUCAUUGAACACGAAAUGUAGGCUGAAAAACAUACAGCUUCUGUGACAAGGCUUUUUUUUUUUCUUUUUUUUUUUUUGCGGGGUAUAUCGGCAUUUCUAAAAAGAAUUAUUUCAAUUAGAUCAUCAACUCCUGGUAUUCCACUGAGGUAACACAUAUGUGUAACUGUCAAAUGUGUGUCUGUUAGAAUGAACGGUGUAAAAUUUAAAGUGUUCUACUGCACCAAGAUAGAGUACAUAAAAGUGGUUCUUAAAAGUGAUCACACCCUUGUUAAAAUAGUGGGUUUUUGUUCUGUGGAAAAGGAAAGCAUAAAAARCACUUUUUUUAAAAAACAUUUUACAAUUGUAAUGUGAGAUGUCCAGAUAUUUUUUUGGGGAAAAAGUACAAAACAGGAAAUAUCAAAAAAACAUUUUGUUUUGGAAGUGUCCAUAUCCUAAGUUUCACCUUUUGAUUCAAAAACAACAUUUACUCUUAUUUUGUUGGAGUUUGUCAGCAUGCUACAUGCCCAUGGCCCUCUUCAAAGCAUGUUAAAAUAUGGAUCCAUCUAAGAGUGUUCACAUUUAAGAAAUCUGAUUAAUUGCUACUUUUUAUUUGUAUUAUUUCCCUCUAAAAGUACUUGUUUUUUUAUUGAMCAUGAUAUAUGUCACUUUAAUAGAUAGAGGUUUUGAAAUGAUUACUUUAACUUGGAUUUCAAUCAGAGUAUGUGCACUUUUUACAUUCGCUUUACUUCACCUGUGAAGUCACUGAUAAUUUUUUUCAUACUUAAUGAUUUUUAGAUUAAAGUUGAAUUCCUUAUUUAAUUCAGUUAAAAUAGUUAUCAUUUAAUUUAUUAAGAAAUCAUUGUAGACUGCAUUCAGUUAAUGCCACUGUUAAUGCCAUUUAGCAUGCAGACGUUAGUGAACUUUUAUCAGAACAGAYGAAGCAUCUGUAUAGUGUGGCAUGAAAUUAAGAACAYUUUUAUUAGAUUKCUWUUGUGUCAGUUGAAUAGCACUGGGACAAAUUUCAUAACGCUGAUGAAUUUAUGUACUAUAGAUGACACCUCUAAUUUGUUAAGCAUAAGCAGAAGGAUUUUUCAAUGUAUCCAAACAUUGUGUGGGUGUUUGGAUUAGCUGGAGAUGAUAUUGUUCAGUACAGUGUGAAGCAGCUAGGAAAGAAAUGCUGAAGCAAUAUUUUAUAGGAAUACAUUUUCUUAUUCUAUUUAAACGUAAGGCAGGUACGUAGUACUUUGACAGGUGUCUAACUUAGAGACCCUUACCUUUCUGUAGCCAUGCUCUGACUCCUUCCRGGAAGUACACAGAUGCCAAUCUUUUCAAAAAAAGAGAAACCAAAUACUGCAGAAGUAUAGCUGUGGCCUAAACUGUCUAAUCUGAAGCUCAGCUAGUUUUCUAAAGCUUUAUGACAGUCACUGAAUAAUACAGAUUGACCCCUACAUCAAACUAUAGGGCAUUUUUCUUCUCGUCUUCUCUCUGUUUGCAGUUUGAUGCCAAAUGAACUGUUAUUCUAAGGCCCUGUUUGAUCUUAUGUAAACUUUUUAUUUUAUUUUAUCAUUUCAAAUGUCACAGAGUAGCACAAAAAAYAAAAACAAAACAUAGAUCUGAUAGGUAAGCUUGACAUGUAGCUGCUUGGUAUUGAAUUUUUAUUUGCUGACUAUAUGUUGAACUACAUGGAUUUGUCACCAUGGUGCAGAUGUAGCAAAAAGUAACACACAGGGGCUACUGUAAUGGUGAUCUUGAACAAAUCUGAUGGUGGAGUUUUCAGUGUGAAGAGCUAAAAUGUAUAAAAACCUCUUCAGGACUUUCAAAAUGUUGUCAGUUGGGAAUGAGAUUUGGUACAAAGCUUAUCUAAUGGACWAUUGUUUUGACUUAAAUACAUAUAUUUAAUUAUGUGUAUAUUUUUAAUGACUUGCAGUAAGUUUGUGCACAAAGUCAGCAGUUUGUGUUUUCUCAAUUCUUGUCUGUAACGUUUCCAUCAUUACAUUAAAUUAUUUGUUUUGUAAAGACUCACUUUAUGUAACAUAUUUUUGUACUAAAUGGAGAUAAUGGUUUUAUUAUGUAUGUUGGAUGUCUUACUAUCCAGCUGUGAGUUCUUGCUUUGUUUUUAACAGGAUUCAUUUUAUAAAAAAAAUUAAAUAAAACAAAACACACUGUU